AUGGAGAUGAAGCAGCAGCAGCAGCAUAACCCUAAAUCUUCUUACAAGUUACGGAGACGAGGAGAUUCCUGGUCGGAGCUUCCUUCAGAUCUGUUGAAUUCAGUGGUUGAACGCCUUGGAUUUGCUGAUUCUCGACGAGUUGGAUCCGUAUGUUCCUCUUGGCACUCCGCUGCGAAACGAUGCGUGGCCAAAAAACAGAUCCCUUGGCUGAUUCUCUUGCCAGACGAAGACGAAGAGAUCGAAACCCAUUGGUGCAAGCUGUUCAAUCCCGAGGAGAAUGGCAAGCUUUACAGAAUGCGAGCUGAUGUGUUCGAAUUCGCAAAGAGCUAUUGUUUAGCGACAUGUGGAAACUGGCUCCUUAUGGUAGAUCAUGGGUCUGUUCUCUACAUGUUGAAUCUGUUUACCCACGAGAGGAUCGUUUUACCUCCGGUGGAGUCACAACUUGGAACGACAAAGCUGGAGCGAAACUCGGAAGGUUGGUUUUGUAUUUCAAACGGAAACUAUCAACCUCAGCACUGCCCAAGCAAGUUGAGAGGUAUUAAUACGAUUAUGCGUUCCCCUGUGUUUUGGAUUGACGAGCAAACUAAAGAGUAUGUAGUUGUAUGGGGACUUGGCGAAUGGUGUUUGGUUUAUUCCAAGAAAGGAGAUACCUUCUGGAGUCAGAUUCAAACUCCCCGAGGUUAUUCUACUGAUUUUUCUAGGGCUCGUUCUGAGAUGGUUUACAAAGAUGACAAGCUUUGCUACCUCCUCCUAAAUCGUAGAACUGGUGGUUGUAUCAAAAUAUUCGAUUUCUCCACAGAGAUUCCGCAAGAGACUUUUCACUGUGGUCUUGCUGCCGACCCCUCUCCUAUUAAUCGAUUAACAUCACCAAGGGAUCCAUGGCGAAUUUGGCGAAUUCGGCGAACAAAACUUGUAGUCACAGUAACCGGAGAUGUCCUCAAGGUUGAACAAUGGGUCAAGACAGAACAGCGGGUACAGCACUGGUCUUUCCGCGUCUACAAGGCAGGUUUCUUGAACAAGUAUGAUGAAAAAGUUGAUUCUUUGGGCGACGAGGCAAUGCUUUUUGAUCUAGGCAUCACUGUCCUCGCUAAUGAUGACUUUGUGGGUUUUAAGAGAAACUCCAUCUUCUUCAAUGAUAUUUGUCAUGAGAAAAACACUACUCAAAUUUGUGUCUUUAAUCUCGAGACACAGGAGAUGGAGGAGCCACUCCACAUGUUUGUUUGUUCGUCCGAGCAACAACUCGCCAGAGCUCGAUGGUUCCUACCAAGUAGUUUCAAGCAGACAUAA